UUUAAAUGCCUGCAGGUUGGCGCACACAGGAGUGUGAUGAAGAGGAAGCGAGCUGUCAGAGUCGGAGUUACCAUUUUUUGUGUAGGAUUUAUGUGUCAGCAAAGAAGUAACGAGGCGGAGUAAGCUGUUGACAAAUUAACACAGUUGACUAUCCUUCUGCUUCCACAGUACAAAACCUGCUUAGAAAAAACUAUACUGGAGGAAACAGUUCCAAUGGAGCCCAAAAGUAAAGCAAGCCUGACAGAAAAGUUUUUCAUUGUGAUUCGUGGGAAGUCGAGGAAAGGCUUUUACCGUGGAUGUAUCGGUCGUGUAGAGGCAGAGACACAGCGGGGGGAGCUGAUGGGGCUGCUGUACAGCGGCAGCAACGGGAGCCCCAAGAGCGGAGGUGUCGUGGCGAGAGAGGACACAUACCCUCUGACCCGCCACCAGGCCCAGCUGUUCCUCUUCGUUACCUCCGUAAGCAAACGCCUGGAGCUGCUGUGUAACCCCCAGCUUUUCUCAGCUAUCUGUGAGCUGUCUCAGGAUGACCUGGUGGUGUUGAGGUACAAGAAGGGACACAUGCCUGCGCUGGUGAAGAACCUGAUGCAAAUUGGGAAGAAGGAGAACAAAGAGGACCUGCAGAUGCUUGGCUUUGAGGUGGAAUUUGUGGACAAUGAUCACAAGUUGUCAUCCAAAAAAUCUGCUCCCUUGCCCCUCUUCAGUGCUGCAGAUAUAAUCCAGGUUGUCCCAUCCUCUUCUCUUCCUCUAGGGCUGCAAUGUGGGGGUCUAAACAGAAAAGCAGUGACGCGCAUAAACUCCAUGCCAAACAUAGGAUCAAGAGCAAGACAAGUGAGAGAGAGCCAGACAGAGCAGAGUGUCAUUCAAAGCCAACGUUCAAACAUAUCUCCUGUGCCUUUGGAGGUUGGAUCCAUGGUGGAGGUGGUUUCCAACACAGGGGUCACAGUGUAUGGGGUGGUCCGAUGGUUGGGGGUCCCUGUAGGAAAGAGUGGUGAAUGGGCUGGGAUAGAAUUGGACUAUGACGUAAACGGCUGCUCUGAUGGGAAGUAUGGAAGCCAGAGAUAUUUCACCUGCAAGGGAAGCCGAGCUCUGUUUGUUCCCAUCACAAAGUGCAGCCCCGAUAGCAGGUUCGUCCACUCCUCUACAGGAAGAGAGACCACAAAACCCAUCGAAACACCUCCAGUUCCUACUUUUGAGGACUCGGACGGGGAUGCACCACCUGUCCCCGAAUCAGAGGUUGUGUCUUUGUUGGUAGGAAAAAUGAAAGGGAUUCAGGGACACAUCAACUCCUGUUACCUUGAUGCAACACUCUUUAGUUUGUUCACCUCCGCUGUGACCCUGGAUAAUAUCUGCCAGAAUCCUGCUGACACAGAGCGACCUGUAACAUGCACUCUUAGGAAAAUAGUCAGCCGUUUACGCAGACAAGGGUUUGUGCCUGCUGAGAGUGUGAUGCAUUUCCGUACACAGCUUGGCUGUGACACAUUCCAAACAGAUGAAAAAGACCCAGAGGAGUUCAUCACCGUCCUCUUUCAGAAGGUGCUUUGCAUGGAGCCUCUGCUCAAGCUCAAAUCAAAAAGUGAAACAUCUCAGGGUACCUACACCUUCCAGAUCUUUCUGGAAAAAGAACAGAUGGGACAGCUGCCCACUGUUCAACAGCUUCUUGAUACAUCCUGCAUGUCAGGUGACCUCAAGUUUGAAGAGGUGCCAUCUUGUUUAAUGGUGCAGAUGCCAAGGUUUGGAAACAAGUACAAGAUGUUUUCACACAUCAUCCCCUCCACUGAGCUGGACAUCACUGAUCUUCUCUACAACUCCCCAAGGGAAUGCUUCAUCUGUGGACAUUUGGCAGAGUACGAGUGUCUUCAGUGUUUACCAGAUCGCAAGCUGCAGCCAGGGAGAAUCAAACAGUACUGCUCUACCUGCAACGCACAGGUGCACACCCAUCCCUUGCGCCAGGCUCACUCCCCCAAAGCUCUAGCAGUACCAGCAGAUGUGGCUGCUGAUACCUCUGUGCCCAGGCACAUGAUGCAGCUGUUUGCUGUACUCUGCAUUCACACCAGCCACUAUGUGUCCUUUGUCAAGUAUGGCUCUGAUCCUCACUCCUGGCUCUUCUUUGACAGCAUGGCAGAUAGAUAUGGCGAUGAUCAACAUGGUUAUAAUAUUCCAGAGAUCAGGGCUUGUCCGGAGUUGGGUGACUUCCUGAUCCAGCCAGAGGAAGAGCUGGCUCGAGCUGACCCCACUCAGGCUCCUGAACUAGUGCAACGGCUGCUGUGUGACUCUUACAUGUUUUUAUACCAGAGCCCAACCAAGCCACUGUCAAAGACAAACCAUCAGGAGUAAAGGCCUGUGAGGAUGAGGACAAACUGUUCCCAUAACAGUGCCUUGAUAACCUUGCAUAUAUGCUGAAUCAGUUACAUUUUGUGUUUGUUAUUGCAUCCAUACAGCGGGACCUGAAAUGGAUGAUUUUAACUUGAGGGACAAAAAACAAUAUUAUUGAAGUGCAAAACAAUACUGUACAGAGAUUGUCUUUGAAUGAUUGUGGUUAAAGUUGGUGUUGAUGUAAGGAGAGGAACUGAGCAGUAUGAUGUUACUCUGAUUAUUUAUUCAAGAAUUUUAAAGCAAAUUUAAAUAUGUUUUUAUUGCCUCAUUUGUAUGUGUGUUUGCCAGUUAUUUGAUAAAUUAAAGUCUUCUUGAACACUU